UCCUAAAAUGAGUGAGAAAAAAUCAUCACCAAUUGCGAAUAAUGAAGAAAUAGAGAGAAUUAUAGAGCAACUGCCCAAAAUUGAUUAUUUUUUUAAUGACUUUCAACUUUAUCAGUGGGAAGGUUUUUGGUCAAAUCUUACCGUUUUAAAGGCAGCCAUGGUCUUCAAGGCAACCUUCAAAUCAGAACCUAAUGAUGUUCUCUUGGCAUCUUCCAUAAAAACAGGUUCAACAUGGCUCAAGGCCAUAUGUGUAUCCAUCAUGCAAAGUAAUAAAGAGGAAGAAGAAGAUAUUUUAGUUAAGGAUAAUCCUCAUUUUCAUUUUCCAACAAUAGAGAGCCUGGAUUAUUAUUCAAAACCUCCAACUCAUGAUCUAUACACCAUGCCCUCUCUAAGAUUAUUUCACACUCAUUUACCUUAUAGAGUUUUGCCAAACUCAAUAAAAAAUUCGGAUAAUUGCAAGAUUAUAUACAUAACAAGAAAUCCUAAAGAUACCUUAAUUUCUAUGUGGCAUUUCUUCAACUAUAACAGUAAGCAUUUAGAAGAUCUGAUCUUUCCUUUAAAAGAACUUGUGGAGUACUUUUGCAAUGGGGUUCAUCCGUAUGGACCAUUUUUUGAACAUGUUCUUGAAUAUUGGGAAGAAAGUAAAAAAAGGCCUCAAAAAAUAUUAUUCUUGAAGUAUGAAGACUUGAAGAUAGACCCUAAGAAAGAGGUGGCAAAAAUAGCCUUGUUUCUUGGAAAGCCUUUUGGUAAUGAUGAAGAAGAUUUGGAGAUAGUUUUGAAGAAGUGUAGCUUGGAGAGGCUUAAGAAUUUGGAGGUUAAUAAGAGUGGAUCAAUCGUCUCUUUUAUCCACAAUAGUGCAUUUUUCAGAAAAGGAGUUGUUGGGGAUUGGAAGAAUCACAUGACACCUGAAAUGGAAGAGCAACUUGACAAGAUUACCAAGUUGAAGCUUCAAGGGAGUGGCCUUGAACUUUGAUACUUAUAAACAAGAAGUAUUGA